AUGAGCGCACCGGAGCCGCCGGGCCGCGGGAUGCGCUUCGCGGAGAGCCAGCUGCGGCGGCACGGCUGGCGGCGAGGGCAGGGUCUGGGGAAGCGGGAGGACGGCAUCGCCGAGGCCAUCCGGGUGAAGGUGAAGUGUGACACGACGGGGGUGGGACACGAUGCGGCGGAGCCGUUCUCCUUCCACUGGUGGGACCACGUCUUCAACAAGGCGGCUGCCAACAUCGCCGUGGAGGCCGGGCAGGAUGGCAUCUCCAUGAAGACGCUUUCCGAGCAGGGAGUCAAGAUCAGCAAUAAGAAGCCCCGCAAGGCCUGCGGCACCGGCAGCAUGCUGUACGGCCGCUUCGUGAAGUCAGCCACGCUCACAGCACGUGGGGAGGAGUCCACAAAGCUGCACACCGGCUCAGAGAGCAGCGAGGAGGAGGAGGAGAAGCUGGACCUUUCUUCGGCCAGGAGGCUGACAGACGAGGAGCUGAUGCGAGCAUGCGGGGGCCGCACGGCACACAAGGGUGCCCGUCACGGCCUGACCAUGAGUGCCAAGCUGGCGCGCCUGGAGGAGCAGGAGCGAGCUUUCCUGGCCACGUACCGACAGAAGGAGCGGCAGCACGAGCCCUCAGAGAGCAGCCCCCCAGCAGGGAGGCAGGAAAAAAGGAAGAAGAAAAAAAGGAAACAGUCCAGGGACGGAACCGAUCCCGAGGUGCUGCAGAGCCAGGAGCCAAGUGGAGAAGAGGAGGUGGCAGGAGAGGAAGGGAAGGUCGUGAAGAGGAAGAAGAAGAAGAAGAGGAAGAACCAGGAGCCAAGCGGGGAAGAGGAGGUGGCAGGAGAGGAGGGGAAGACUGCAAAGAGGAGGAAGAAGAAGCAGCAGGAGGAGGACAAAGAAGAGCCAGUUGAGACAGAGAAGAAGAAAGACAAAGAAGAGCUGGCUGAGAGAGAGGUACCUCUAGAAGACACAGAUGGGCCAGACCAGGCUGGGCACAGCCCCAGGAAGAAGAGGAAGAAGAGGAAGAGGGAGCCAGAGUAAGCAAGGGCCAAGGCUGCUGUGCUGCACAGCUGCUAGUAUCAUCUGGCUGUGAGGGUCCCCAUCCCGUCAGCUGGUGCUGGUGGGUGCCCAAGGGUCCUCUGGGCUCUUCCUGGUGGAGCCCAGUGCUGUGGCCCAGCUGCGUAAGUGUUCGCUGGGCUGGGACUGGUUGGUCUGGAGCUGGAUCCAGCUUUAUUUCACUCUCUGAGCCUUCCUCCCAUCAGGGCUGACGCCAGUUCCCACCAGGCCCUGGGGCAGGGACCCCUUUGCCGUGGGUCUGUCGCAGAGGGACACGAGGGGACAGACCCCACAGAGUAUUGAAAUAUUUUUUCAAGGGCAUGAAUAAAUCUUUAUUGCAGUAAACUA